UGUCGCAGCUGGUCCCCUUCGCCCCGUGGCAGCAUAGAUCGGGGCUGGCAUCUCACCGGAGCCACCUCUGUGGCCCCCCGCGACCAAAAACCAGGCCGUGCAAAACUAAUACAUUCAGUCAUAUCAUCGUGUUCACUUUCACCACAGAAAUACAAUGAUUAUUUCGCAGGUCGCUGUUUGGCACAUCUGCAUUUUCCAGUGCAUGUUUUUCAGCCGUGGGCCAAAUGUGCUGCAUCAAGACAGCAGUGCACCACAAGCUGCAUUCUUCUCACCUCUUCAAAAAGUGAUGUUGCCACCAAAUACCUUCCAAGGGAAAGUGGCCUUUAUAACUGGUGGAGGUACUGGGCUUGGCAAAGGGAUGACAACAGCUUUGUCCAGUUUAGGUGCCAAGUGUGUUAUAGCAAGCCGGAAGCUGGAUGUUUUGAAAGGAACAGCAGAUGAAAUUUCUUCUAAAACAGGGAAUAAGGUUCAUGCCAUCCAGUGUGAUGUGAGAGAUCCUGUUUCAGUUAAGAAUGCUGUUGCUGAAACAAUCCAAGUGGCAGGACAUCCUGAUGUUGUGAUAAACAACGCAGCUGGAAACUUUAUUUCCCCUUCUGAACGACUUUCUGCUAAUGCCUGGAAAACAAUAACUGAUAUUGUACUUAAUGGUACUGCUUUUGUAACUCUGGAAAUUGGAAAGGAGCUCAUUAAAGUACAAAAAGGAGCAGCAUUCCUGGCUAUUACAACAAUUUAUGCAGAGAGCGGUUCAGGAUUUGUGUUGCCGAGUGCCUCUGCCAAGGCUGGUGUAGAAGCAAUGAGCAAGUCUCUUGCGGCUGAAUGGGGUAGAUAUGGCAUGAGAUUCAAUGUGAUUCAACCAGGUCCAAUAAAAACAAAGGGUGCUUUUAGCCGCCUUGACCCAACAGGCGCUUUUGAGAAGAAGAUGAUUGAGAGGAUUCCCUGUGGUCGUCUGGGAACUAUAGAAGAAAUUGCAAAUCUUGCUGCAUAUUUCUGCAGUGACUAUGCAAGCUGGGUUAAUGGAGCAGUUAUCAGAAUGGAUGGUGGAGAAUAUGUUUCUAUGGCAGGAGAAUUCAAUGAGUUGAAGAGGGUUACCAAAGAGCAGUGGGAUAUGAUGGAAGCAAUGAUUAGAAAAACAAAAGGCUCCUAAAGUACAUAACUUUAUGGUGGAGAUUCUUGGAAAUGAACCACUACUUCUUCAUAAAUAUUUAGAAAUAACCAAUUGAGAAAUAGCCUUCAAAAUAUUUUUAAUGCUAAUUUUAAUAAAAUAUUUUGAAAUUGUGGUA